AUGGAUCAUCAAGCAUGGUUUUUGAGAACUUCAAAGCUGGCUCUGGCCUUGGCAAUCAUCCGCUCAAAACCAGCAGACAAAAGCAGCAGAGAAUACACAGAACACCUUGCGAGGGUGGUUUCUGGGCAGGAGUCUAAGUGGAGAUCAAAAGUAGAAGCCUUAGAAGCUGAAGUUCUGCAAUUACGUCAAAAACUUGUUCUGAGCGGAAUUUGUUCUGGAUUGUUUAAGAGUGGAGACCUGUCUUCACAGUUGCAGGCUCAGAAACCUGGAAGUUCUGAAAAUACAUUAACUGUGGUGGAAGAUUCUGGCUGUGAUUUAUCAAAUGAGCAGAGAACUGAACCUUCAGAGAUGUCACAGCAUCUUGGGGAGAGCUUUACCCCCAUACCCUUUCUACCACUGCCCAUUGUGAAAAGACAUUGUACUACUCCAGAAAAUCCUCUGUCUUCUCACAUGCAAUUCUUGCAACAUCUACUUGAACUGAAGAACUGGAUAGAAUCCAGGAGUCUGAAAACAGACUUCAGCCACUUUGAAAACAACUCUUCUACAGUAUCUGAUUCUGUUUUUCAGUUGCUAGAUGGCCUGAUCACUUUUUACCGUGAACCCAAAUUUCCUUUCUCAAGCUUUUGGACAGAAGCUGUAAAUACUUUAGCUAGACUGAUCAGUGACUAUAACUUAUCUAAUCAUAUUCUUAAAAAGUGUUCCAAGAAGUUAGAAGAAUUUGAGAAGACUCUACUACAGAUUAUUUUAAGGAACAACCAUAUAAAUCGGUUUCAGGUGCAGCAUUAUGUCUCUCAGAGUCUGGUCACCCUGGGAAGUUGCAGCUUAUUGAGAAAAUCUAUAAUAUCUCUGCUCCUGUCAGAAGUGAAUCGCUUCACCGAUGACCUGCGUGCCAUCAAUCAGGUGCAAGCCAGUUAUGAUGUAACACGCUAUGAAAAUAUUUUCUCAUUCUUCUGGAUUUUGGAGCAGCUUCUUCAAAAGGAAAAUGAAGAAGGCAGUAGUUCAAGUAUAGGGCAUGAUGACCAAGAAAUCAAGAAAUUUCUUCAGAAGCAUGAUGAAGCUAUUUUCCAACUCUCUGAUUCAUUUCCUUUAUUUACUUUUUAUUUAUGGAGACUCCGCAUUCUCUUGAACUCCACAGAGAUAGAAACUGUUGAGAAUAACUCAUUUUCUUAG